GAACUUGUCUCCCAGUCAAUAGCACAAGGAAGGGAGGUGGUCCAGAUUUCUGAUUGCUCCCUACGAAAGACAUGUCUGAAGUCACGACUGCUUGGAAGGGCGUAUCAAAGUACUUUGUUUGCAGUGCGCUGACCUGCUAUGCGAUCUCUUUGCAUUUUGGGUUCUACAGCUGGAUUCUUUAUUCUCCCGAAGUGCUCGUUUAUUUCUUUUUUAAUGUGUCGCAACUAGACGAGUUGCCUGACCAGUCUACUCAGUUGUUCUUCUUGGAACUUGCCAUUGACUUAUUCCCAGUUGGAGCCCUAGUAGGAUCACUUUUGUCUGGCUAUAUAGGAGACAGAUUUGGCAGGAAAGGCUCUUUGGUGGUAACUAAUUUUUUGUCCAUAACCUCGGUCAUCUUUUUGGCUUGUGACACAGAGUUAUAUGUUUACGAAUUCACCAUUUGUGCACAUUUGCUUACUGGGGUAUGUGUAGGUGUAAACCUCUGCAUUAUGUAUGUAUACCUCUUUGAGAUUUCUCCCAGAUGCAUAAGGGGAGGUGUCGUCAUGCUAUCAGAUUCCUUUGUAAAACUGGGCAACGUGAUUGCUCAGAUUCUCACCUUUCCUUCAAACAUAGGACACAAGAAUGGCUGGUAUCUAAUGGUAAUUCUGGCUGCAAUAAUUCCUUUGACUCUGACCUUCCUACUACCCAGAAUCCCUGAAAGUCCUAGAUACCUACUGAUCCAAAAGCAAGAUGAAGAGACAGCAAGGAAAGUCUUGUGGAGGUUAAGGGUGACUGGAGACGUGGAACAAGAAAUUGAAGAACUUCGGCAAGAGAACCUUUCAGAGAAGGAAGAGAAGAAAACAGAUAUAAUUCAUUUGGGCAAAAUCUCAAAUGUCACAUGGAGCCAUUUUUGUAUGGUUGUCAUAAUGGCCGGGACACAGCUUUCUGGCUUUCAUGAAUUUUAUUAUAAUAAUUAUAAAAUUUUGCGGAGUACAGAAUUGACUUACAAAACCAUGUGGCUCCUGAAAAUAGGCAUAAGCUUCCUUCUCUGCUUCACAUCUAUGCUAGCGGCAUAUCUUGUUGACCACUUGGGCCGAAGGAUUCUUUUUCUCGGUGGCCUUGCAAUUUGUACUCUUAGUCUCAUUUUGAUGGUUGUGGUGCUUGAAAUAUUACGAUAUCAGAAAACCAGUUUGUUGAAUUAUUUCUGCGUCAGUCUGCUUGUCAUUUUCAUUGCUGCAUUUUGCAUGGGACCAAGUAUAAUUUCAGUAAUAAUUUCACUGGAAUUGUUCCUUCAGUCAUCACGAGCAUCAGCUUUUGCAAUUGCAGGAUUUGAAUACUGCGCAGCCAAUAUUUUCCUAACAUUGAUGCAUGGUAAAAUGAAGAUUUUCUCCUUUGAUGUGUGGAUUGAGUCUGAGUAAUUUAUUUGGGGGUUCAAGGAAGUUUGAGUAAAAGAUCCCCCCACCACCACAUUUGCUAUUCUUACUUGAUUAAUUUACUGACUGUCAAUUAAGUAGCGGAGACCCUGCUUCUCACUAUGGAUUCUGUUAAUGUUUAAGGGAAGAUGGAAAAAUUAUAAGGGAUAAAAUGUAUUUUGAUAUAAAGCAUCCCACAACCGUUUCUCUCUUUCCCUUUUCACCAAAAAAAAUCAUUUUACGUCUUGAGAAGGAACUUGGAUCGUACUCCUUACUCUUCUUCAGUCCAUUCUGUGUGGCAGUCUUUAUUUUCUUCUACCUGUAUAUCCCAGAGACCAAAAAU